UCCUGCCUCUACCACUUCCUGUUUUCCCCUCAAGGCCCCAAGAGAAAUUCUCCACUGUCACUCUGUGGCUUGGCCAUAAAUGCCUCGGGGCUGCCUCACUGAUAGUCUGGCGCUGUUUGCACAAGAAAGAAGACCAAAAUGAACACAGAAUGAGAGAAACCAAUUUCUGGACUGGGGGUGGGGCACAGCAGGGCAGGAGGAAGCUUGCGUCCUUUAGGAUCCGCCUCCAGACUCAGAGGAGGGGGACCUGUCACAAGAAACAGCGGGCCCGGGGCGCGGGGAGGCUCCCUUUACUAGUCCAUCGCGCCGUAAAUGAAACGCUGAGGCUUAGACGCCCCCCUCCUUCCCCGUUAGUGUUCCAGGUGGGAUCGGGUCAUAUUUAUGUGCCGGAGGAAGUGUUGGAUUUUCAGGCUGCCUCGGCCGUGUACCUCACGUGCGUGUGUACAGUGCGUCGUUUUCCGGUUGACGUUUGAAAAAAGGGCACAACCUUAAAGACCCAGGGCCCAGUUUCGACUCCCAGGCCUCAUGGGACAGGAAGGAAAGCUUUUUGAAGCCGCCGGCAGGCUGCCCUGUGGAGGGUUCGGCCUCUAGAAAGAACUGGACUCCAUUUCCCAGCGGGCACCGCGGCACUGCUCACGCCCCUUUCCCGCGUGCGCGCCGGUAUAGGUGAUUCCGCGGCCUCGCCCUCCAGCCUGGAGCCCCUCUGCUGCCCUAGAAUUGGUAGGCUCCACUGCCUGGGCAGCCGGCUUUCCAGCCCCGGAGGCCGGGCACUUCCAAGACGCGUGCGGGGGGAGGGAGGUGAGGUGUGGAGAAAGAAUGAGAGCGCUCACGGCCACCUUAUCCUGAGAAGUCGUUUGGGAUUAAUCGGUGUUUCGUCUAAAUGGGCUCUAUUACCGAGUCGGAUUAAAAUCUGUGGGAGGAACCUAAACAAAAGGUAUUCCUUCGGGUCCUCCCCUUGGCACUCCGUGGCACUGGGCUGGCCCAGCGUGCCCCAUCUCGUUCCCAUUUCCACACGGAUAGGUGUGUGCGUAGCCGCCUUUCUCCCGAGGUCUACUGCACCCUGCAGCGCUGGGCUUGGUGCAGCCCUGUUCCCGCAGGAGUGAAUGGUACGGCCCGGGCCCCCCGCAGCCUAGCGUUUCCGCACGGUCCGAGUGGUACGCGCCCCCAGGUGCAGACGCGGAACUGACGCUCACCCGGAGCGGCGCCUAGCGCGGGAGUGACUGACGCUGCGCUACCGGGGGACGUCGGGCCGGGCCUGGCCGGUCCCCCGACUCUCGGGAGACUUGGAUUUUCAGAUAAUAUCAGAAUUCCUCCUGGGACUGCUGACUCCUUGCUUGGUGCCCUGAAGUUGGCUCUGAGAUGAACUGAUGAAUUGGAACCAUGGUGCAAAAGAAGAAGUUCUGUCCUCGGUUACUUGACUAUCUGGUGAUCGUAGGGGCCAGGCACCCGAGCAGUGAUAGUGUGGCCCAGACUCCUGAAUUACUACGGCGAUACCCAUUAGAGGAUCAUGCUGAGUUUCCCCUGCCCCCAGAUGUGGUAUUCUUCUGCCAGCCAGAGGGCUGUCUGAGUGUGCGGCAGCGGCGCAUGAGCCUCCGGGAUGAUACCUCUUUUGUCUUUACCCUCACUGACAAGGACACAGGAGUCACACGUUAUGGCAUCUGUGUUAACUUCUAUCGCUCUUUCCAAAAGCGAAUACCUAAGGAAAAGGGGGAAGGUGGGGCAGGGUCCCGUGGGAAGGAAGGAACCCGUGUCACCUGUUCCUCAGAAGAGGUUGGCACUGAGAGCUCAGAGAGUGGCUCAUCCCUGCAGCCUCCCAGUGCUGACUCUACCCCCGAUGUGAACCAGUCUCCUCGGGGCAAACGCCGGGCCAAGGGGGGCAGCCGUUCCCGCAACAGUACUCUGACGUCCUUGUGUGUGCUCAGCCACUACCCCUUCUUUUCCACCUUCCGAGAGUGUCUGUAUACCCUCAAACGUCUGGUGGACUGCUGUAGUGAGCGACUACUGGGCAAGAAACUGGGCAUCCCUCGAGGCGUACAAAGGGACACCAUGUGGCGGAUCUUUACUGGAUCACUGCUAGUGGAGGAAAAGUCAAGUGCCCUUCUGCAUGACCUUCGAGAGAUUGAGGCCUGGAUCUAUAGAUUAUUGCGGUCCCCAGUACCUGUCUCGGGGCAGAAGCGAGUAGACAUUGAGGUCCUACCCCAGGAGCUCCAGCCAGCUCUGACCUUUGCGCUUCCAGACCCCUCUCGAUUCACCCUAGUGGAUUUCCCACUGCACCUUCCCUUGGAACUUCUGGGUGUGGAUGCCUGUCUUCAGGUGCUUACCUGCAUCCUGUUAGAGCACAAGGUGGUACUACAGUCCCGAGACUACAAUGCACUCUCCAUGUCUGUGAUGGCAUUUGUGGCAAUGAUCUACCCCCUGGAAUAUAUGUUUCCUGUUAUCCCACUGCUUCCCACUUGUAUGGCAUCAGCAGAGCAGCUGCUCUUGGCUCCAACCCCAUACAUUAUUGGGGUCCCUGCCAGCUUCUUCCUCUACAAACUGGACUUCAAAAUGCCUGAUGAUGUAUGGCUAGUGGAUCUGGACAGUAAUAGGGUAAUUGCCCCUACCAAUGCAGAAGUGCUACCUAUCCUGCCAGAACCAGAAUCAUUAGAGCUGAAAAAACAUUUAAAGCAAGCUCUAGCGAGCAUGAGUCUCAACACACAGCCCAUCCUCAAUCUGGAGAAAUUUCAUGAGGGCCAAGAAAUCCCACUUCUUUUGGGAAGAUCUUCUAAUGACCUACAGUCCACACCUUCCACUGAAUUCAACCCACUCAUCUAUGGCAAUGAUGUCGAUUCUGUGGAUGUUGCAACCAGAGUGGCCAUGGUGCGUUUCUUCAACUCUGCCAACGUGCUGCAGGGCUUUCAGAUGCAUACACGUACCCUGCGUCUCUUCCCUCGGCCUGUGGUAGCUUUUCAAGCUGGCUCCUUUCUGGCCUCACGCCCCCGGCAGACUCCUUUUGCCGAGAAAUUGGCCAGGACUCAGGCUGUGGAGUACUUUGGAGAAUGGAUCCUUAACCCCACCAACUAUGCCUUUCAGCGAAUUCACAACAAUAUGUUUGAUCCAGCCCUGAUUGGUGACAAGCCAAAGUGGUAUGCCCAUCAGCUGCAGCCCAUCCACUAUCGAGUCUAUGAUAGCAGUUCUCAGCUGGCUGAGGCACUGAGUAUGCCACCUGAGCGAGACUCUGACUCCGAACCUACUGACGACAGUGGCAGUGAUAGUAUGGACUAUGAUGACUCAAGCUCUUCUUACUCCUCCCUUGGUGACUUUGUCAGUGAAAUGAUGAAAUGUGACAUCAAUGGUGAUACUCCCAAUGUGGACCCUCUGACACAUGCAGCACUGGGGGAUGCCAGUGAAGUGGAGAUUGAUGAGCUGCAGAACCAGAAAGAAGCAGAGGAGCCUGGCCCAGACAGCGAGAACUCUCUGGAAAACCUCCCACUGCGCUCUAGUUCCAGCACCACCGCCAGCAGUAGCCCCAGCACCAUCAUCCGUGGAGCCAACUCUGAACCUGCUGACUCUACAGAGAUGGAUGAUAAGGCAGCAGUAGGCAUCUCCAAGUCCCUCUCUUCCGUGCCUCCCAGCAUUGGCAAAUCGAACGUGGACAGGUGUCAGACAGAAAUUGGAGAGGGGUCAGUGCACCGGCGACCCUAUGACAAUCCAUACUUCGAGCCCCAAUAUGGCUUUCCCCCUGAGGAAGAUGAUGAUGAGCAGGGGGAAAGUUAUACUCCCCGAUUCAGCCAACCUGUCAAUGGCAAUCGGGCUCAAAAGAUGCUGCGGCCCAACAGCUUGAAACUGGCAAGUGAUUCAGAUGCAGAUUCAGACUCUCGGGCAAGUUCUCCCAACUCCACCGUCUCCAACACCAGCACCGAGGGCUUCGGGGGCAUUAUGUCUUUUGCCAGCAGCCUGUAUCGGAACCACAGUACAAGUUUUAGUCUUUCAAACCUUACUUUGCCCACCAAAGGUGCCCGAGAGAAGACCACACCCUUCCCUAGUCUGAAAGGAAACAGGAGGGCUUUAGUGGAUCAGAAGUCAUCUGUCAUUAAACACAGCCCGACAGUGAAAAGAGAACCUCCAUCACCCCAGGGUCGAUCCAGCAAUUCUAGUGAGAACCAGCAGUUUCUGAAGGAGGUGGUGCACAGCGUGCUGGAUGGCCAGGGGGUUGGCUGGCUCAACAUGAAGAAAGUGCGCCGGCUGCUGGAAAGUGAGCAACUGCGAGUCUUUGUCCUGAGCAAGCUGAACCGCACGGUGCAGUCAGAGGAUGAUGCCCGACAGGACAUGAUCCCGGAUGUGGAGAUCAGUCGUAAGGUAUACAAGGGAAUGUUAGAUCUCCUCAAGUGCACAGUCCUCAGUCUGGAGCAGUCCUAUUCCCAUGCAGGUCUGGGCGGCAUGGCUAGCAUCUUUGGGCUUCUGGAGAUCGCCCACACCCACUACUAUAGCAAAGAACCAGACAAGCGAAAGAGAAGUCCAACAGAAAGUAUAAAUACCCCAGUUAGCAAGGAUCCUGGCCUGGCUGGGCGGGGGGACCCAAAGGCUAUGGCACAGCUGAGAGUUCCCCAACUGGGACCUCGGGCAUCAAGUGCCACAGGAAAGGGUCCUAAGGAACCGGACACCAGAAGUUUAAAGGAAGAGAACUUUGUAGCAUCUAUUGGGCCUGAAGUAAUCAAACCUGUAUUUGACCUUGGUGAAACAGAGGAGAAGAAAUCCCAGAUCAGCGCAGACAGUGGUGUGAGCCUGACAUCUAGUUCCCAGAGGACUGAUCAAGACUCUGCCAUCGGUGUGAGUCCAGCUGUUAUGAUCCGCAGCUCAAGUCAGGAUUCUGAAGUUAGCACUGUGGUGAGUAAUAGUUCUGGAGAGACUCUUGGAGCAGACAGUGACCUCAGCAGCAAUGCAGGUGAUGGACCAGGUGGCGAGGGCAGUGCCCACUUGGCAGGCUCUCGGGGCACUUUGUCUGAUAGUGAAAUUGAGACCAACUCUGCCACAAGCACCAUCUUUGGUAAAUCCCACAGCUUGAAGCCAAGUGUAAAGGAGAAGUUAGUGGGCAGCCCAAUUCGCUCUUCUGAAGAUGUGAGCCAAAGAGUCUAUCUCUACGAGGGACUCUUAGGUAAAGAGCGUUCUACUUUGUGGGACCAAAUGCAGUUCUGGGAAGAUGCAUUCUUAGAUGCUGUGAUGUUGGAGAGAGAAGGGAUGGGUAUGGACCAGGGUCCCCAGGAAAUGAUUGACAGAUAUCUAUCUCUGGGAGAACAUGAUCGGAAGCGCCUAGAAGAUGAUGAAGAUCGCCUGCUGGCCACACUUUUGCACAACCUUAUCUCCUACAUGCUGCUGAUGAAGGUAAAUAAGAAUGACAUCCGUAAGAAGGUGAGGCGACUAAUGGGAAAAUCGCAUAUUGGGCUUGUUUACAGCCAGCAAAUCAAUGAGGUGCUUGAUCAGCUGGCGAACCUGAAUGGACGUGAUCUCUCUAUCCGGUCCAGUGGCAGCCGACAUAUGAAGAAGCAGACGUUUGUAGUACAUGCAGGGACAGACACAAAUGGAGAUCUCUUUUUCAUGGAGGUGUGUGAUGACUGUGUAGUGUUGCGCAGUAACAUCGGGACAGUGUAUGAGCGCUGGUGGUACGAGAAGCUCAUCAACAUGACCUACUGUCCCAAGACCAAGGUGUUGUGCUUAUGGCGUAGAAAUGGCUCUGAGACCCAGCUCAACAAGUUCUAUACUAAAAAGUGUCGGGAACUGUACUACUGUGUGAAAGACAGCAUGGAGCGUGCUGCCGCCCGACAGCAAAGCAUCAAACCCGGACCUGAACUGGGUGGCGAGUUCCCUGUGCAGGACAUGAAGACUGGGGAGGGUGGCUUGCUGCAGGUCACCCUGGAAGGGAUCAAUCUCAAGUUUAUGCACAACCAGGUUUUCAUAGAGCUGAAUCACAUUAAAAAGUGCAAUACAGUUCGAGGCGUCUUUGUCCUGGAGGAAUUUGUUCCUGAAAUUAAAGAAGUGGUGAGCCACAAGUACAAGACACCAAUGGCCCAUGAGAUCUGCUACUCUGUGUUGUGUCUCUUCUCGUAUGUGGCUGCAGUUCGCAGUAGUGAGGAAGACCUCAGAACCCCACCCCGGCCUGUCUCUAGCUGAUGGAGGGAGAGAGGUUAAGCAGCUUCCCCAGCCCAGGGGACACCUCUUGCCUCUUGCUAUUCCCAAGUGCACAAAGCUGCUGUGACUGAGGAGUGGAUGAUGCAUGUGUGUUCUCUGCAAAGUUGGUUACCAGUUACACAUCUCUGAGUGUGUCUUUGAAUGUGUCUGUUGCAAGGCUAAGCUAGACCCUUCCACCUUCUCCCUCUCCUCUCCCAGAAGACCAAACUACCUUCCCCUCAAGUGUGUGUGUGCGCUUGUGUGUGUGUGCGCAUGUGCGCGCCAGUGUGAACCCACUACUGUGUGUCCUUGAGACAUUUGUGUUGUGGUUCCUUGUCUUGGCAUUAUAACCUUCCAAUGCAGGAAUCUGGCUCUCCAUCCUCUGUGAUCCAAUACAACUGGCCAGCUGGAGAAUUCUACUCUGUGGGGAGUGAGGGGAACUUGGGGCCUGCCUCCCAGAAAAGGGACAGGCAGUAAAAGGAAGGGAAGAGUCAGGGGAAGCUGGAGUGAGUGGCAGCCUCCCUACUUCCUUAUGCAGUUUCCGCCUGGCAGCUACUGCUUUGCUGCCGUGGCCUUUAUCCCUGCAGCAGAGUAGCCAUUCCCUGUGGCCUGCCAUGCCUUCAGCGUGAGAGGACAGAGUGGUUGGGGCUAGGAGAGUCCUGGGAACUGCUGGCUGCUCUGCUCAAAAAUCAGGGAGGGGUGGGAAGAGGCCAAGUUCAGUAUAUAUACCUGUGUCUACAGGCAGCGGGCCUAUCUCCUGGCACUGGGUAUCAGAAGGGAGACAUAGCCUGGGGGUGUGCAAGAGAUGAUUGUAAAUAUUUCAGCUCCACAUUAUUUAUAGAAAAUGUACAGCUGUGUGAAUGUGAAAUAAAUGUCCUUGACUCCU